AUAUAAAUAUAUAUGCAUGUGUGUGUAUUUAUUUAUUUUUUCUGUUUUCAAUUAGUGCACAUGUCUCUGAGGCGUAAAUUCAAGUGGGAGCGUGCACCUCUGGUUGACAACAGUGAAGUGAGAGGUAGUAAGGAGAAGUUUGGCCACAAAAAAUCAAACCAACUUGUAAAAACAGCGAGGACCAGUCAGAGAAAUGUGUCGAAGGCACCAAGUGUUCUGGGUGAGGAUCCAUCCUCCAUUGAGGCUCAUGUGAAUGUCUUGCAUAGCCAGCACCAGAAGAUGCAACCUGACUUGAGGAUUGUACGGGACCGUAUGCAGCAGACGUUUGCAUGGCGGCAAAAGGAGAUUGCUGAUGGAAUGACUGUAGAGGACGCACUUAAGAAGUACCCUUUCUUAAGGACACCCACCGGGUUGUGUGAUGAGUUGGAACGUAUCCAUCCAGCAACAGGGAACUUGUGUCAGCAAUUCAGUGAAGGCUUCAAAUGUAUUGUACCGAAGGUGCUUCACCUAGCUCAAAGGAAAUGCCCACUAUUCAAGUUUUACCUGGAGACAAAAGAAGCUCUUAUUGAGGAUCUUCCAGAUAUUGACUUUAGGGCAGCCCUCAUCUUUCUGCCUUACAUCUUCAAGGAGAACAUUGAUCGCUUUAUUACACUUGGAGAGGUAUGUCUUGCUUGCUAAAAUCUCUUUUGUUCACCUCCAUAACACCAAAUACACUUGACAAACGUACUGAU